GGAGCGAGCCGCCGGGAGAGGCGGAGGGGCGCGCGGAGCGGGAAGCGCACGGUGGUCGCUUGCCGCCGCGAUGUCCGCGCAGUGCUGUGCGGGCCAGUUGGCCUGCUGCUGUGGGUCUGCUGGCUGCUCCCUCUGCUGCGGUUGCUGCCCCAAGGUCCGACAGUCCAGGACGACCCGCUUCAUGUACGCACUCUACUUCAUCCUGGUGGUCUGCCUCUGUUGCAUGAUGAUGUCGCCCAGCGUGGCCAAGCAGGUGAAGGAGCACAUUCCUUUCUUUGAAGAUUUUUGUAAAGGCAUCAAAGCUGGUGACACUUGUGAGAAGCUGGUGGGGUAUUCUGCCGUGUAUAGAGUUUGUUUUGGAAUGGCUUGUUUCUUCUUUGUCUUCUGCCUAAUCACCCUGAAAAUCAACACCAGCAAAGGCUGCAGAGCCCAUAUUCACAAUGGCUUUUGGUUCUUUAAGCUUCUGCUUCUGGGGGCCAUGUGCUCAGGAGCAUUCUUCAUUCCAGAUCAGGAGACCUUUCUGAAUGCUUGGCGCUACGUGGGAGCCAUCGGAAGUUUCAUCUUCAUAGGGAUCCAGCUCCUCCUGAUUGUGGAGUUUGCACAUAAAUGGAACAAGAACUGGACUGCAGGCACUGCCACUAACAAGCUGUGGUACGCCUCCCUGUCCCUGGUGACACUCAUCAUGUACUCUGUUGCCACCGGAGGUUUGAUUUUGAUGGCAGUAUUUUAUACCCAGAAAGAUGGUUGCAUGGACAACAAAAUUCUCCUGGGAGUGCAUGGAGGUCUGUGCCUACUCAUUUCAAUGGUAGCCAUCUCACCCUGUGUCCAGAAUCGGCAGCCACACUCCGGGCUGCUGCAGUCAGGGCUUAUAAGCUGCUAUGUCACAUACCUCACUUUCUCAGCUCUGUCCAGCAAACCUGCAGAAGUAGUUCUAGAUGAACAUGGAAAGAAUGUUACCAUCUGUGUGCCUGACUUUGGUCAAGACCUGUAUAGAGAUGAAAACUUGGUGACUGGGCUAGGUACUUUCCUGCUGAUUGCAUGUAUCUUAUAUUCUUGCUUGACAUCAACAACAAGAUCGAGCUCUGAUGCUCUGCAGGGGCGAUAUGCAGCUCCUGAACUAGAAGUAGCUCGGUGUUGUUUUUGCUUUGGUUCCGAUGGAGAGGAAACGGAAGAGCAGCAGAAUGUGAAAGAAGGACCACGGGUCAUUUAUGAUGAGAAGAAAGGCACUGUCUACAGCUAUGCCUAUUUCCACUUUGUGUUCUUAUUGGCUUCCCUCUAUGUAAUGAUGACUGUUACCAACUGGUUCCACUAUGAGAGUGCCAGCAUUGAGACCUUCUUCAGUGGAAGCUGGUCCAUCUUCUGGGUGAAGAUGGCCUCCUGCUGGAUGUGUGUGCUGUUGUACCUGUGGACGCUGGUGGCUCCCCUCUGCUGUCCUUCUCGGCAGUUCUCCGUGUGACAACAUCAGCAGGCCUGUGGAUCAGCAGGCUUGUACCCUGAAAUUCUGUCCUGUGAACAAGUGUAACAGGGGUUUGAGCGGCAACUGUUGUCUUACGAAAAGCUGAAAUUCUCUGGCUGUCUAAAAUGGGUCUGAAAAAGGUUUCGGGGUAGGGAGGAAAUCUCCCCGUAUUCACUUUUUUAAACAAGAGAUUAAUUAAUUAGAUUAAUUUUUCUGACAUUCAAAAUGAAACUUGACCUAAAGGAAUUGAAAUUUUCAAAUUAAUGGGUAGUGUAUGUAUUCUUAUGUCUUCUCCCUACUUACUAGGUAGUAGUUACAUUAGUGUUUUCCAUAGAUGUGUUUUAUACCAAAAUAGAGCUGAGAACACAACACAUUUUCCUAGGGAUAAAAAUUACUGUAUUGUUUUCAUCCUUAUUAUUAAAAAUAUGCAGCCUCUGAGAGAA